GAUUCGCGGUGGCACACACAAACCAGCACCGCUGCGAGAAGACAGGUCCUGAAGAAGAGUUCCAGAAGAUUAGAAGAGAUGAUUUUGCAGUCCCAUAAUCAAGGGUUCCCUCUUGGGAUCUGUUUGACCACCUUGAUCCUCUUGGGCAGCUUUGUCUCAGUGAGAGGAGCUGCUCUGAAGCUUGAUGCUUCACCAGACGUCGGCGCAACCGUGCUGAACCACUCUAUGAGCUUGGUGCAGCGUAUGGAGGGCCUACUUACCGCCGGCAAUGGCAGCGACGUCACCCUCCGCGUGCACACCAUCAACACAGACGAAGUCAAGGUGAUCCAAGCCCACAGCCUAGUUCUCACCAUGCAGAGCGACGUGUUCGAGGAGCUGCUGCUCAACCGCAACAACGGCACGGUGGUGCUGAGGGAGGCGCCUGACUGCGCUGCUGUUUUUGACAAGUUCAUCAGGUACUUGUACUGCGGCGAUGUGUCUGUGCGGCUGGAUCAGGCUAUUUCUCUGCACAAGCUAGCCAGCAAGUACCAGGUGUGGGGCUUGCAGCAAGGCCUGACCCAGUACAUGACGCAACAUCUGUCCAGUGAUUCCCCCACGGGCCACGUGGUGGGCUGGUACAACUAUGCGCUGCAAACUGGAGACAUGGCCCUGCGGGACAGCUGCCUGCAGUACCUGUCCUGGAACCUGUCCUCAGUGCUGCAGAGCCAGGAAUGGGGUUCCAUCAGCGAAGACCUGCUCCUCUCCUUGCUCCAGCGCUCCGAUCUCAUUUUGCAGAGUGAACUGGAGCUCUACGAGGCCCUGGAGCUGUGGAUCAACCAGAACAAUCCUGGGACUAAAACAGUCGAGACGGCCCUGAAGGCAGUUCGGUAUGGCAUGAUCCCCCCUCAGUAUCUCUUCCGCCUCCAGAAGCAAUCCGCUCUCAUGCAAAAGUACUACGAGUCCAUCCGGGAUCUCCUGUACCUCGCCUUCCAGUUCCACUCGGCCUCACCCAUCACCUUGGCGAAAUACUUUGACGUCAACUGCAGUAUCUUCACUCCCCGCAACUACCUGUCCUCCUCCUGGGGCUCCCCUUGGAUCAUCAACAACCCCACCCGGGACGACCGCAGUUUCAGCUUCCAGACACAGCUGGGCCCCAGCGGCCACGACGCCAGUAAACGCGUCACUUGGAACUCCCUCUUCUCCCCUCGCUGGCUCCCUCUAAGCGCCAGGUCAACUUACACCGAGAUGGGCGCCAUGCAGCCCACACGCACUGAGGGAGGUCGACCUCGCAUCAUUGUCACGCCGGCAACCUCAAGUGCGGACUUUGCCGGGGUCAGCUUCCAGAAGACGGUGAUCGUGAUGGCGAGACAGCAAGGGAAGGUGGUGGUCCGACACGUUUACAACUUCCACCAAAGCACAGAGGAGGCUGGAGACUUCUUGGCGGGUGCCGACCUGCAGCGUCGUGCAUCAGAUUACAUGAUUGACAGCUCCCUCUAUCUGCACAUUGUGAUAAAACCACUCUACCAUACCCUCCUGGUUGCAAGGAAAUAA